AUGGCUAAGGAAGUGGUUAUAGAUAUUGUCCCUAAAAAGAUCAAAGGGCUAGAGUUUUCAGCCUUAAGUGCAAGCGACAUUGUUGCUCAAUCAGAAGUAGAGAUUACUACAAGAGAUUUGUUUGAUCUAGAAAAUGGACGUAAACCUAAAAAUAACGGUGCUUUAGAUACCAGAAUGGGUGUAUCUCAAUCAAGCGCCGAAUGUUCUACUUGCCAUGGUAAUUUGGCUUCCUGUCAUGGCCACUUUGGCCACAUUAAAUUAGCCUUACCUGUUUUCCAUAUCGGAUAUUUUAAAGCAACUAUCCAAAUCCUUCAAUGUAUUUGUAAAAAUUGUGCUGCAAUUUUACUAAGCGAGGAGGACAAACGAAAAUUUCUAAGCGAAUUACGUAGACCUGGGAUUGAUAAUUUAAGAAGAAUGAAUAUUAUAAAGAAACUUUUGGAUCAAUGUAAAAAGCAAAGAAGAUGCUUAAAAUGUGGCUGUUUGAAUGGUGUGGUUAAAAAGGCAGCAGCGGGUGGUACUUCUGCAGCGUUAAAGAUUAUUCAUGACACUUUCCGUUGGGUUGGUAAAAAGUCUACUCCAGAAAGAGACCAAUGGAUCGGUGACUGGGAUCAAAUUUUCAGAAAUAAUCCAGAAUUGCAAAAAUAUUUAAAACGUUGUAUGGACGAUUUAAACCCUUUGAAAACUUUAAAUUUAUUCAAACAAGUUACUCCAGAAGAUUGUGAAUUACUGGGCAUUGAUACUUCUGUUAAAAGUGGUAGACCGGAAACCUAUAUAUGGAGAUAUUUACCAGCUCCUCCUGUCUGCAUACGUCCCAGUGUUUUAAUGCAAGAUUCCCCCUCUUCCAAUGAAGACGAUUUAACGGUUAAACUUACAGAAAUUGUAUGGACUUCUUCUUUAAUUAAGGCAGGUAUUGAAAAGGGUAUUUCAAUUAAUAAUAUGAUGGAACAAUGGGAUUAUUUGCAAAUGUCUGUUGCAAUGUAUAUUAAUUCUGAUUCAGUCAAUCCGGCAGCUAUGCCAGGUAAUGGAUCACUAGGUGGACCCAAACCAAAACCAAUUAGAGCGUUGUGCCAAAGAUUAAAGGGUAAACAAGGUAGAUUCAGAGGUAACUUGUCAGGUAAGCGUGUAGAUUUCUCUGGUAGAACUGUUAUUUCCCCGGAUCCUAAUUUAUCUGUCGAUGAGGUUGCGGUUCCAGACCGUGUUGCCAAAGUUUUAACUUACCCUGAAAAGGUUACUAGAUAUAAUAAAAGAAAAUUACAACAAUUGGUUGUUAAUGGUCCGGACCUUCACCCUGGUGCAAACUAUGUCUUAAAAAAAAAUGAAGAAGCUAGACGUAAUUUACGUUUUGGUGACCGUUAUAAGCUAGCCAAAAACUUGCAAUUUGGUGAUGUUGUUGAAAGACAUAUUGAGGAUGGUGAUAUCGUCUUAUUUAACAGACAGCCUUCUUUGCAUAGAUUAUCUAUUUUGUCUCACUAUGCUAAGAUUAGACCUUGGAGAACUUUUAGAUUAAACGAAUGUGUUUGUACUCCGUAUAAUGCAGAUUUUGAUGGUGAUGAGAUGAAUUUACAUGUUCCCCAAACAGAAGAAGCUCGGGCUGAAGCCAUCAACUUGAUGGGUGUUAAAAACAAUUUGCUAACUCCGAAAUCUGGUGAACCUAUUAUUGCAGCCACACAAGAUUUUAUUACCGGCUCCUAUUUAAUUUCACAUAAAGAUGCGUUUUUUGAUCGUUCUCAAUUGGUUCAAUUAUUAGCCAUGAUGUGUGACGCAAAACUUCACUUUGAUAUUCCUCCGCCAGCCAUUCAAAAACCAUGUUAUUUGUGGACGGGUAAACAGGUUUUUUCUUUAUUAAUUAGACCUAAUCAUAACUCUCCAGUUACUAUUAAUUUGGAUGCCAAAAAUAAAGUAUACAUUCCACCAAAAAAUAAAGAUUGGCCUAACGAGUUGUCCUCUAACGAUGGGUUUGUUAUUAUCAGAGGCUCCCAAAUUUUAAGUGGAGUUAUGGAUAAGUCUGUUUUAGGUGAUGGUAAAAAACAUUCUGUAUUUUAUACAAUAUUGAGAGAUUAUGGCCCAAAGGAAGCAGCAAAUGCAAUGAAUAGGAUGGCUAAAUUGUGUGCCAGAUUUUUGGGUAAUCGUGGGUUCUCUAUUGGUAUUGAGGAUGUUACACCAGCUGAUGAUUUAAAGAAAAAAAAGGAAGAUAUGGUUGAAAUUGCGUAUGCCAAGUGUGAUGAAUUAAUUGAUUUAUUUAAUAAAGGCAAGUUGGAAACGCAACCAGGGUGCAAUGAAGAAGAAACUUUGGAAGCGAAAAUUGGUGGAUUGUUGUCUAAAGUUAGAGAAGAAGUUGGUGAAGUUUGUAUUAGGGAACUGGAUAACAUGAAUGCUCCUUUAAUUAUGGCCACUUGUGGUUCUAAAGGUUCUACAUUAAAUGUCUCUCAAAUGGUUGCUGUUGUUGGUCAGCAAAUUAUUUCUGGUAAUCGUGUUCCUGAUGGUUUUCAGGAUCGUUCCUUACCACAUUUCCCCAAGAAUUCUAAAACCCCUCAAUCUAAAGGGUUUGUCAGAAACUCUUUUUUUUCUGGGCUAUCUCCACCAGAAUUUUUAUUUCAUGCUAUUUCUGGACGUGAAGGGUUGGUUGAUACAGCUGUUAAAACUGCGGAAACUGGUUAUAUGUCUCGUAGGUUGAUGAAAUCGCUAGAAGAUUUAUCAUGCCGAUAUGAUAAUACUAUUAGAACUUCAUCCAAUGGUAUUGUUCAAUUUACUUAUGGUGGUGAUGGUCUAGAUCCAUUAGAUAUGGAAGGUAAUGCGCAACCAGUUAACUUUAAAAGAACAUGGGAUCAUUCCUAUAACAUUUCUUUUAACAAAGAUGACAGACAACUUUUGCCUUAUGAAAUUAUAAAGUUGACAAAUUCUAUAUUGAACCCCUUGGAAAAAAAAUUAAUUAGAUACGAUAAUGUAGGUGUAAUUGUUUCCGAACACGAGCAGAAUAAUAUUGAAUUUAUUGAUCAACACGAUGCUGAAAGAAAUUUUUAUAAGUCAUUAAGACAAUACAUGACUGAAAAGGCUGAAUUUGUAGCGCACGUUAGAAAGACAAAAGGUUUAAAACAAAUGCUAGAUGAACCGGGUGAUGAAUUCCAAGAAAUGGAUAUUGAUGAACUAUCUCCUGAGGUUUCGCUCAAUGCUGUUAAUCAAUUGUGCAAAAUUAGUGAACAACUAGUUAGAAAGUUUUUAACCAUUGCUAUUUUCAAAUACCACAAGGCUAAAGUUGAGCCGGGCACAGCAGUUGGUGCUAUUGGUGCCCAAUCGAUCGGUGAACCUGGUACACAAAUGACUUUGAAAACUUUUCAUUUUGCUGGUGUCGCUUCUAUGAAUGUUACAUUAGGUGUCCCUCGUAUCAAAGAAAUUAUUAAUGCCUCCAAAGUCAUUUCCACGCCAAUUAUCAAUGCGGUAUUGGUUAACAAUGAGGACGAAAGAGCUGCAAGAGUGGUUAAAGGUAGGGUGGAAAAAACCUUAUUAAAAGAUGUUGUUUUCUAUAUACAAGACGUGUACAGAGAUCACAUGUCAUAUAUACAAGUGAAGGUGGAUCAGGAAACAAUAGAAAAAUUACAAUUAGAAUUAACUAUUGAAGAUAUUGCCACCGCUAUUUCCAAUGCUCCCAAAUUGAAAAUCAACGCAUGUGAUAUUUCAAUCGUUGGUAAUAAUAAGAUCAACAUUAGCGUUAAUGAAGGCAAGCUUGCAUUUAAAACAACAUCUUCCGCAUUAAAAGAACCCAGCGAAAACUCUACUUUUUAUCGAAUGCAACAUUUACGUCGCUCUUUGCCAGAUAUUGUUGUUAAAGGGUUACCGGAAAUUUCUAGAGCUGUUAUCAACAUCAACGAUCGGGGAAAAAGGGAAUUGUUGGUAGAAGGAUAUGGUCUAAGGGAGGUCAUGGCUACGGAUGGUGUUAUUGGUUCUAAAACAACCACUAAUCAUGUUUUAGAAGUGUUUCAAGUUUUAGGCAUUGAAGCUGCCAGAUAUAGUAUUGUAAAUGAAAUUGAUUACACCAUGAGUAAUCAUGGUAUGAGUGUGGAUCCUCGUCACAUUCAAUUGCUAGGUGAUGUUAUGACUUAUAAGGGUGAGGUAUUGGGUAUUACAAGAUUUGGUUUGAGUAAGAUGAGAGACUCUGUUUUGCAAUUGGCUUCUUUUGAAAAAACUACUGAUCAUUUGUUUGAUGCAGCUUUUUAUAUGAAGAAGGAUGCUAUAGAGGGUGUUUCUGAAUGUAUUAUUUUGGGUCAGACAAUGUCUAUUGGUACUGGAUCAUUUGAAAUUGUGAAGAAGACUGAUUUGUCGAAAGAACAGAUAAAACCUAGAACCACUUUAUUUGAAAAAUUUUGUGACGAAAGUGUUCUAAAAGCUCAUUAA